AUGCGCUCUGUUGGAAUUGAAGCAAAGUCAAAACUACCGCCUGUAGCUGAGAUACCUCAUGCGCUGGGAGAGAAAAAAGAAAGAAUAUCUGCCAAUUAUAAUGGUUGUCCCAAGUCGCUCAUUGUGGUAGUGAAGCUUCGGGAACAGUCAACGUGA